AGCUCCCUCGGCGGAGGCUGCUCAUGCCCCGACUCCGGGUGCGGCACCGAGCACCCCGCGCUCCCCGCAUUCCGCUCCCACGGGGCCGAGCUCGUCCCGGGAUGGGGCGCUCCCCCCGUCAGGGACCCUUGGGAAGCAGAAAGCCCCCCGGGGACACUGCGGCCACGGAGCGCUCACACGGCCCGGCCCGGCCGUCGGGGCUCCGGGCAACCGCGGCUCCCCCGCACCCGCUGCCGCCUCUGGUCCCCCGCCGGGCGCGGCGGCUCUCCGUGGGGGCUCGGACACCCCGGGCCCGGGAACGAGGAAGCGGAGGGGAUCGACGGGGCGGGGGCUGGGGUCCCCCCUCGGGUCACUCCUCACCCCCUUCUCCCUGCAAGCAGGGAGCAAGCGGGAGGCGAGAGCAAACAGCGGAGGUGUGAGCCCAAAUAAACCGAGUCAACAGCGCGGCGCACGCCCCCUCCGCCGCCCCGCUCCCCCCGGGGCCCCCGAGCAUCCUUCCCUGCCCAUUGGCUCCGCGGCAGGGGGGGGGCCCGGCCCUAUAUAAAGGCAGGACUGGGAGGCUCCAGAAGGGGUUAAAAAAAAAAAAAAAACCAAACCACAACAAAACCCCAAAACCCCAAACCCCAACCGCACCAACCCAAACCCCCAAAGCCAGCUACUCCUAUCGCAGCCCCAAGCCGGAGCCGUGCUCCCCGCCGCCGCUGCCUGCCGCGCCCGCCCGGCGGGGAGCGCUUCCCGGCCGGCCGCCGCGGCCAUGGUGCGCUGCUGAGCGCGGCCCCCGGGGCCAGCGGGGCGGACCAUGAACCUGGUGGGGAGCUACCAGCACCACCACCACCACCAUCACCACCACAUGCUGCACGACCCUUUUCUCUUCGGGCCGGCGGCGCGGUGCCACCAGGAGCGCGCCUACUUCCCCGGCUGGGUGCUCAACCCGGCCGAGGUGGCCCCCGAGCUCGCCGGGCAAAGCCCUAGCUACGGCCCCGCCGAGUACGGUCCGGCCGGGCAGGGACGGCUGGAAGCUCUCAGCGGCCGCCUGGGCCGGCGGAAAGGCGUCGGGGGACCCAAGAAAGAGCGACGGAGGACAGAGAGCAUCAACAGCGCCUUCGCCGAGCUCCGCGAGUGCAUCCCCAACGUGCCCGCCGACACCAAGCUCUCCAAGAUCAAGACCCUGCGCCUGGCCACCAGCUACAUCGCCUACCUGAUGGAGGUGCUGGCCAAGGACAGCCAGCCCGGGGACACCGAGGGCUUCAAAGCCGAGCUCAAGAAGGCCGACGGCAGGGAGAACAAGAGGAAACGGGAGACGCCCGAGGUCUAUUCGCAGCCUUUGGGCCACGGCGAGAAGAAGCUGAAGGGCCGGACGGGUUGGCCCCAGCAGGUCUGGGCUCUGGAACUGAACCCCUGAGGGCUGCCCCGCCGCCCCGACGGCGCUCCCCGCUCGCCCCUCCAUGUGCAAUGUCGGAGAGAGCCCGGCCCGGCCCCCGGAGCCCAUCCAGGCGCAGGACGCGGGUACCCGGCCCGGCUCCCCCCCCCCGCCGAGGUGGAUGCUCCAAGGGAGACAAGAGAAGGGCGCCUUGCGGGGCCGGAUCCUGCCCGCCCCGUCGGCAGCGGGGACCAGCCGGGCCAUUUCCCCCCUCGCCCCUUCCCCCGUUUGCAGUAUUCGUUGCUCCUUCGAUCGGCGGCUUCUGCCCUCCCGGGGCCGAAACGGUUUGCUUCGUUUGCUGUUGUAAAUACGAGCCCCCCCACCGUCCCCGUCCGCUGCCUGACCGACGUGUGGCUGCGGUGAAACUACCUAGAGGUGCAUUUGGAAACACUCCUGUGCCGGGUUUUCUACCUCAGAUCUGCAUGACCACUUCCCGAGGGACCGGGCGCACCACACCACGUAUUUAAAACUGAAUAAUUAAAAAAAAUAAAUAAAAUAAAAUUUAAA